AUGGUUAUAGAUAUGAAGAAAUGGAAUCUCUAUGAUUCAUUAUUGUUCAAGAAAAAGUAAUUUAUAUCUUUUUCUAAAAUUUAAAUGUGGAAGUAAAAAUUCACAUAAAUUAAUCAUUACUAUAAUGAAUAUUAAUAAAAGCUUACUUAAUGCUAGACUGAGUUUGAAGCUUUGAAGAAGAUAGAUUAAAAGAAAGUAAACAUUAUAUAAAUUAUAAGAAACUUAUUAUAAUAAGAUUAGAAAUAGUAUUUAGGACUAGUGGAAUAAAAACUACUUCGUCAAUUUAAUUUAUGGGUUAAACAAGAGACAACAGAACAUAUGAAUUAUUUUUACCUAUGAAGUCAUCAAUAAAACAAAUAUAUAUCUGUAAAUAUAUAAUUUCCUAAUCAAUAAUUUAAAAUCUUUAAUAUAUUGAAUUAAUUGAAAUGGAGGAUUCUUUAGCAUACAAAUUAUGUACUCCCUUGCCUUUACCACCUUUAAAAAACACUUUGACUUAAUAAUAAAUCACAAAAGUCUGUUCUGACAUCACUUGUGAUAAAAGGCCAUUUAUUUAAUCUCCUGAAGACCCAUAAUUGUUUCAUAAUGAUCAUCUUACAAAGAUUAUUGAUGUUGAAGCAUUCGUAUUUCUUUAUUUUAUUUAAGGCCUCAUAAUUUUGUGAAGAAAUGUCAAGAUUGGCUAACCAAAACAUAGUUUUAUAUUAGGAAUUUAUGUAAAAUAAAGAGAAUGUCAGUUUGUUGUAGAUUUUGGAAUAAGGAGAUGCACAUUUACAAAAAAUUGAUGAAAUGGUUAUUAGAUAGAAAGUAAUAUUAUUAUUCAUAAUUCUAAGACUGAAUUAGCCAUUGAUAUUACUAAUCUUCAAGAAAAAAUUAUGGUUGUAAUUCAAUCUAUAAAGGAAGAGAAUAUGAAGAGACUUGAUAGUUUCAAUGAACAAUACAAAUAAUCAUUUAUCACAUUAAAAGCGAAUAUAGAUUAGUUUUUCCUAUUGUCAAGAUAGAACUUCUAUUAUUCCAAUUAAAAUACAUUUUAAUAUAAGUUAGCAUCUUUAGGUACACCAGAAGCCUAAUAAUUCUUAUCAAAUUUAAAGAAUCAUUUAAAUAAAAGUAAGCAACUUUCAUAAGGAAAUGUUACUCCAUUAUAAAUGUUAACUGAUUUAUAAACAUUAGCAAGAUUUUUAUUGUAAAUGACUAAUUCUCCUCCAAAUUAUGAUAAAUUACAAAAUCCGCAGACCAACAUAUUAGAUUCAGUUGUUAAUGAAGUAGGAUUUGUAUUAAAUAAUGUUGUAUCUGCGAGAUUGUAUAUUCCUUUUGGUAGUAACAAAGAAUUAUCUUAAGUAUAAACAGGAGAGAAUAAUUUACAAUUAUAGAUGGCAGCUAGAAAUAUAGAUAAGUAUUAAAUUUAUUUGAUUUAGUUUUUAAUUAAAACCUACUAAAAAAUUUACAAUAGGAACAUAAAUAACUUGUAUUCUAUCAAUUUUGGAUUAUUUAUUUGCAAUUGGUUCAUAAAAUGACAGUCAAUUAAGAAUAUUUGAUACAACAUAAAAGAAGAUAUCAGCAUUUUCAGGUCACAGUUAAAACAUAGUAUAUCUUGAAAAGAUUUGCACUAGUGAAGCUAAUAGUAGAUAGUUUGUAUCUUUAGGUUAGGAUAAAUAAUUAAUUGUUUGGAAUAUAGAUGAUAUAAUGAUAUCAACAUAACCUAGAGUUUUUAGAAAGAUUUAAUUAUCAUAAAUGCCUAAUAAUGCUUUAGAUUUAAAGGAUAAUACUCAUAUAGCAUUUAGUGAUUUAAAUAGAGAUAUCAAUAUUUGUAAUUUCUAUACUCAAAAGAUUGGUACAAAUAAUACAAAACAUUUGAAUAAGAUAAAUGGAUUAACAUUAUUAAAGAAAGGAGAGAAAUUUAUUUCAUAUUCUUCAGAUUCAAUUAUAAAUAUUUGGAGAUUAAUGAAAUAUGGUUCAUCUUAAGAUCCUGUAUUAAUUUGUGAUUAGAAUUUACAUGAUCCUUUGUAUGGUUCAAUUAGUCAGAUUUUCAUAACAACUUAAUGGCCAGGUCAUUGUAUAAUUGUAUCAAAUGAAGGUGCAGUUAAAUUAUUUGAUUUUAACAAGUAUUUUAACAUAAAUAUUUAUAUAGAAAUUGUAUUGUUUUCUCAAAAUUUGGGAAUAGAAAGAUUUUAAGUACUUUAAUGGAAAGUGUUUUGAUUGAAGUUUCUGAUUAAAAAAGUAUUAUUUCUAUUUUAUUAAUUUAAGUUAAUCCUCCUAUAUGGCUAAUUACAUUUAGUUUCAAUGAUAAUUUAGCAACUCAGCAUCAUUUAAGUAUAUCUCCUUAUGCUAUGCAUUCUUCUGACAUUAAAUUGGGACAUUAAUUAACUGUGGGAUAAUAAAUAUAUGGUAAACAUAAGGUUUAAUUAUUUACUUAAUCAUCUCCUACUACAAGUGGUAGUGGUAAAAUAGGCUCAAACAUUCUUAUGUUUAGUAGUGAUACAUCAGAUGAAUUAUUGAUGUAUGAAUUGAAAGGAAUUUGAA